AUGGAUCUCCAAGGUACUCCCAUCGGAAACACUGGCACCGGCACCAAGGUCACUACUGACCCCGCCAGCUACAAGCCCGUGCAAGAAAACCCAGGGCCCAUUACCAACGACUCUCUCGCCGCCGACUCGGUCCGUCAACAUGGCGCUUUUGCCCAGAACUCAGAUAGCCAGCCUCUCGGUGUGUCGGGCUCAAAAUCCACCUUCAACAACACCGACACCUCUGGCGCCACUCAGCUCUCUUCAGCGCCUCAAGCCAGUGCUCGUGAAAACCCCAGCCGCCAGGAAAGAUACCCCGACGCCCUCGGUGGCCAGGGCGACUACCCUGGCAAGCACCUACCUGAGUCCGGAUACGCUGGCGGUUCCACCAGGGCCAAGAAGGAAUUGGGUAUUGGUACCAAGCAGUACAAUACUCAGGAGCGUCAAGCCGCUACUGCUGGCGGCAGCAAUAACGGAUACCGCAGCGCCUACAACGGCGGCACUGCCGCAUCAUAUAUCGCCCCCGUAACCGAGACCCUAGGCAGCACCAAGCCACAUGGCAAGAAUCUCCAAGAAGGCGGGUUUGAGAGCAACGACAGCGCAAACGCCAGCUUCAACACUGAUAUCGGAUCCCGCAAAGACCCCGGCCGUCUUGCUGAGAAUAAAAUCCAGCGCAAAGCCGCCGAGAGCGGCGCCGCCUAUACUAACACCACCGUUGAUGCCACCCAACCAUACGGCAAUCUGCAGCAUGACCAGCGUGCUUAG